CCGACCGUCAGCGCAGUUACAGUGUAGGUGCCAACAUAAAGAAUUGUCCAUAGUCUGACCCAGAGUGAAAAAGAGAGUUUAGUUCACGAGCAUCAGCCAAGCGGGACACCAGCUUUUGAAAAAUAUGAAGCUCCCUGGACAAACACGUUGCUCGCUUCUUAUCGUUUUCUCUUCAGUCGGUCUGAUCCUUGAUCAGAUCAGCACACUGACAGUCACUCCUUCACCUCCAUUGGGUCCUACCCUGUUCACUUCAACUGGAGCAGAUGUCCGUAACACCAGCGCUUCGGAGGGAAGUAGCAUCACAACUCAUUCUCCUGUGACCACUGCUUCCUCACCUUCAAACUGCACGGGCUUGAACACCUCCAACUGUGCCAUGUGUUCUCCCGGUCACUUUCCCAAUAAUGCAACCUUGAACUGCUCCUGCUGUCCCAGUGGGUCCUGUUUUGCUGCAGAGAAUUGUCUGAUGUGCCCUCAAGGUUACUACCAGCCUCAAGCUGGACAUGACGCAUGUCUGCCUUGCUCAAAAGGCACCUACACAAAUUCUACAGGGAGCACGGAAUGCCAAUCCUGUGAAUCUGGACUCUAUGCCAAUGAAACUGGUUCAAAAAUCUGCCGAGACUGUCUCCCAGGUCACUUCUCCGAGGUGAAUGCAAGUGUCUGCGAGUCUUGUCCUCGAGGGUUGUUUUGCAACACAACUCGCUGCACUGAGUGCAUGAUGUGCCCAGGUGGGACGGAAACUCUGUCGACAGGAGCUACCGAAUGUACAGACUGCCAACCAGGAAUGUACAAGCCUCCAAAUGUACUGCUCUGUAGAAUGUGUGAAAAUGGAUAUUACCAGAUAAAGAUAGGUCAGGAGAGCUGUAACCUGUGUCCUGAACAGCACUAUUGCCCGAGUCCUGAUGUGAUUCCAGUUCUGUGCCCAAAAGAUGCAUUUUGUCCACCUGGGAGUAUUGCCCCACAGUACUGCAUGGAAACAUUCUUCUUCAAGUCAGGAGAUCACUGUGUGCUCACACCAUUGACCAUAGUCCUGCUUGUGAUCUUUGCUGUCCUCAUUUUGCUGGUGAUUAUUGUACUAAUUGCACGUCGCAGAAAGGAAGUCAGACGAAGGGACCCAGUUCGAUCUCCAUUACUGAGUAAUGAGCCUAUCCCUGGCCAAGGUGCUCGGCUGUCAUAUGGGAUCUCCUGGGAUCCAGAACCAGUGUAUGCAGGAUGGUAACUGUGGCUCCAUAAUCCCUUUCCAUAUUAAGGAUUUGGGGUCGUGGCCCUCUAAGACACUUUGCACAAUUCUAAGCAACAAAAAAAAUUGUACAACUGAAUGCCACCUGUAUUAUUUCGCUUGGAAGCCAAUUUGUGAAACCACACACUCACCUAUUUCAGGGUUGUGGUGAAUUGUUGAUCACAACCGACCUUUUAAUGUCUUUUGUUAUCUGUCUUGCCUUGUUUUCUCCUAGAGAGAGAAUGGAAUUUAUUGGUGUGGAGGUGUGAUCAAAUGGUCUAGUUUGUUGUAUCCUUUUUGAGAUGAUGCUACUUUGACAACUCAAUGAAAUGCAUCUGGUUUCAUUUGUCCUGGAAAUUCACUUUUAACCAGUAAUUCUUUCUUUGCAUCACUGGAUUGCCUCAAAUUCACUCAGUCACCAUUGCAUUUACUGAAGGAGUUGCACUUACACUAAACAAGCUGAAAUACAAAGAUCAAGGUGGACAGUGUUGAGGAUUAUUUUUUGCACUUUUUAUGUACUGUAUUGCCUUUUUGGCAGUAGAAUUACUUUCAUUUAUGAAAUAAUCUGACGAUUGCACCUUAACCAUACUUUAUAAGCCUGGCCUUUUGAAAGAUCCUGUUUUAUCUUGGAGAGUGGGUUGGAAACUGCUCAUUAUCUUUGUGCACCACCGUGCAUCCUGAGGCAGUGAAGUCUGUAAAUUUUGUCUCUUGUUACCAAGUACAGAGUUAACUGUCUAAAACGUCCUUGUGAUUUUUUUUGUAUAAGAAUAGUGUUUUGGAGUGUUUAGAUGUAGCUACUUUUGCAGUAAGACUGGCCAAUAUUGAGCAGAAAAUUUGUGAAUUUAGCUUCUGCAAAGUUGAUUUAAAAGGCCAUCACUUACCUGCACAUAGAAAUGUCCAAGGUACCUUGUUUCAGCUGCUGUGAUUCCCAACUGGUUUGUUGACCUGGGUGUAGAAAGGUCAGAAUGGACCAAAAAUAAAUUGGCACCAGUUGUUAUCUGGAGAGCUAAACAAAGCAUUAAGUAGAAUGCAAUUGAAUACCGAGGGGUUUAUUACAGAUUACAGAUUAGCCCUGGGAACUACUUUAAAGUUAUCUCCUAAUUGAAUUAAUGUUCAUGGAAUAAACUUGUAUUUUUGCUGGGUAAAAUUUAAGUUUAAGCAUUUUAAUACACAAUAUUCAACCAUCAUACCCUGAACACCUGGAUUGUCACUUUAAAAUUUGUAUGUGUAAUGUUAUUCUCCAUACGUCAUUGCAUUCUACACAUGGGCAAUGCUAAUCUAAGGCACUAUAUUCUUACAGAUAUAGAUAUAUCUUGUGUAGAGAUGGGACUUCUGGAUUAUUUUUAACAAUAUGAAAUAGUAUAUGGAAAGCAAAGAUGGUAUUUUGGGGAAACAUUUGUAUGUUUAAAAGCACAACCAAACCUUCAGCAUCCUAAAUGACCUCACUUGCUGCUUAAAGAAAAAAUAGCAUUGAAAUAAAGUGGUUAUGCUGAACUGUGAUUAAUUUUAAACAUUAAAAACUCUUGUUUUUCUAAGGUGUACUUUAGUAUCCUGUGAUAAAAUGUGACUGUUUUGAACUGUAAUGACUUUUUAAAUUAAAUAAAAUGAAUU